UUCCAGAAUGUGCAUUAUUGUAGUGAUAAGUACCGCUUCGUUCGUUCAGCUAACAUAAUUAAGCUCUUAUUAUUGUAUUAUUAUUAUUUGUUGUUGUUAUCAUUCCACUGUAGAAAUGCAGGUUGGACAUCGUUUCAAGUCAUGCCUCUCAUUCUCAUUUAUCGUCGCUUUUUCUGCAUUAACAUGGCAGCAUCGAACAACUACGAUUUGAUGAACGCUGAAGGAUCUGAAAUGACCAAUCAGGCCGAAUCUUCCGAAACAUCACGUUUUCAAGGAUUAGACUACAAGACCAUGAUCGGAAUUCUAAAGGCCAACAUGAAAGAGGCAGACUCCAUGUUGGAUAAAGUUUCUGAGCUCAGCAUAAAAUUUGGAGAACAUCUGACAACAUUGACGACCAUUGUCGAUCCGGAAGCAAAUGCCAUACUGUUCAGGAAGAUGCCGGGCUUUGACCUUGACGCCGUUGAUGAACAGUUUCCAAUUCCAAAGGAAGAGGUGGAGUCAAGGUACGAAAAGCUGUGUGAGAUGCUUGACAACGAGACGGAAAAGCAAUUGUCAAAUCAACAAGAAACUUCUGCAAAUCUGGCGUCGUCAGUGGCAGAUGUAAAUAGAACUGGGGCUUCCAAGGAAUGAACAAGUUUUAAUUUCCAUUCGUUUAUUGAAAUACAUCACAGGUCGCUUAAAUUUCCGGUGUUUAAAAAAUUCUUUGAAAUAUUAUUUUAAUAAUUCCACAUCAUUAAAUCCAUACUUAUAUUAAAUGUUAGUUAAUAUCAGUUAAAACAUUCAAUGAUUAAAAUUUGAAUUGUUCAAUA